CCGUUCUUCUUUCCAAAUAAACGAAGGAUAGAGGAGAGGAUGCUCCCAGCAGUGAGGGCUCGCUUGUUCAGUCCCCACCUCGCUUCUCUCCCACUCUCACCUUCUCAUUCACUGAAAUCCCGUUCGGUCGCUCUCUCGCUCCGAAGCCCUUUCUCUCACUCUUCCCGCCAAAACCCUAACCCCCAUGCCCCCGCCGCGAAGCCGGCGGUUUCCGACGCCGUCAAGUUCGUGCGGACCGUCCUGUUCGUGCCGCCUGGAGUCGAGCCGGAAGAGGUCACGGAUGACAUGAUCCUUCCCGGCUCGAACAUCGUGCUCGGACCUUACGUCGGCGAUGCCAAGAUAAAGGAGGUGGAGUUCGUCAAGAGCAGUAGCCGCCCCAAGGACUGCCCCAAGGACCAACGCCCCGAGUUCGCCAUGCUCGGCCGCUCCAAUGUCGGCAAGUCUUCGCUGAUCAACGCCCUUGUUCGUAAGAAAGAAGUCGCUCUCACUUCUAAGAAGCCAGGAAAGACCCAACUGAUUAAUCACUUUUUGGUCAAUAGGAGUUGGUACAUUGUGGAUUUGCCUGGCUACGGCUUUGCUAAUGCCCCAGAAUCUGCUCGAAUGGAUUGGUCCUCAUUCACCAAAGGCUAUUUCUUAAAUAGAGAAACUCUUGUGUCUGUCCUUCUCCUAAUUGAUGCAAGUGUACCACCUCAGAAAAUUGACCUUGACUGUGCUAAUUGGCUUGGACGGAACAAUAUACCAAUUACUUUUGUUUUCACAAAAUGUGACAAGAUGAAAGGUGGUAAAGGGAAAAGACCGGAUGAAAACAUCAGAAAAUUUCAAGAGCUGAUAAGAGAAAAUUACCGGCAACAUCCUCCAUGGAUAAUGACCAGCAGUACCACUGGCUUGGGCAGAGACGAGCUUCUAUUGCACAUGUCACAACUACGGAACUAUUGGGACAACUAGGUUGUGAGUUAAAACUUGCACCUCUUCUAGAAAUGGUAAUGCCAGAGCCCAGAAUGUUUUAAAACCUUUUUUUCUGCCAAUUAAAACACCCUGAAUAUUAUCUAAGAUAGCCUCAUGGAUUCGCCACCCCCAAACAGAACCAACUUAAAUCUGGAUGUUGCUCCCUGGUGAUGUAAGCUCCUUUGUAUGUAUAUAGUUAGAUUGUGUUAUAAGUGUCUAAUCUGACAGUCAUAAUUACCAUUUUUCUCUCAAUUCUGUGUAUGUAGUUUUAAUUUGCAUUU